CUCCGCCUCCCGCGCUCCCCAGGAUUGGCCGAGGGCGAGCUCGCUGCUCAGGGAUUGGCUGGGCGCAGAGGUCCCGCCCUUUGUGUCAGCGGGCUAGGUUACUCAGCGUGAGGUCGGCGGCGCCUAGUUGCGGGUACUACUCGUCCCCUCCCCCUCCCGGCCGGGCCCACAGGGAGAGUGACACUCAUCAGGCGGCUCAAGCAGCUCGCAACCGCCAUCCCUCUCGAUAAGCCGUUUGUGGAGAUUAAGAACACACAAAGGGAACAUCUGCUUUUAAGAUUGAGCUCCUUCUGUUUACCAAAAAAGAAAGAUCAGGGACAGUGAGGGUCUGCUGCUCAAUGAAGAAGGUUACAGAGGUGCUAAAGCAUGGCUGACUUCGAUCACAAUCUCAGUCUUGCGGAUGCUCUGACAGAACCACCAGCAGAAAUUGAGGAAGAAGUGAAACGAGACUUCAUUGCCACCCUGGAAGCAGAGAAAUUUGAUGAUGUGGUUGGAGAAACAGUGGGUAAAACAGACUAUAUCCCCCUACUGGAUGAUGAUGAUGAUGAUGCAAAGGCUGGGAGCCAGGAACCAAAAAGCAAACCCCACACAGACGGUGGUCAGGUAGAAAGUACUUCAGCUGUUGGACCAGCAGUGUUAGAGAAUGGUGACCAUGGAAUAGAAGAUGACAGUACAGUAUUCCCAAGAGAGAUCACGGGUGAAAGAAUGUCCUACAAAGAGUUUCUGGAUCGCAAUGAGACCUGGGCGAUGGACGAUAGAGAUCUUUGUUUUGAACCACAGUCGAUAUUCAGACCCAUGGAGGGGACAGAGCCCUUCAAGAUGCACAGUGAGGAUGUCCUGUCUGAUCUGCUGCUACGUCCUUCUGCAAUGGAGACUCGCCUACCAUUCACAGAGCAUUUUGAAGCUUCAGAAGAAGUUCAUGCACCCCAUGCAGCUAUGAUGGUACCUGAACUGCCUUCUCUGGGAUCCCCAUAUUCUCCUGCAGAAGUUAUAGAUCCAUCUGCCUUCAUCACCCUGGAUUCAACUACAGAGUCUCUGCUGAAUAUAGAAGCACCCGCAAGAGUGACAGUGCCUGAAGAAAACUGGCUGGGAGCUGAGCAUGCUGUGGAGGGACUAGAUGAAUCUUCCUUUGUAGAGCCACCAGAACCCACCAGGAUAGCUGAUGCAGCAGAACAGUAUUUGCCAGGAAGUCCAGUGGCGGCUGCACCUGCUGCUGUUCCUUCUGCACUAACAGAGCCUACAGGAGAGACCAAAGCUACUGACACACCACAGGUUGAACCAACGGCGCCUGUUCCAGUGAUGGGUGCAGCGCCUGUUCCUGUAGUGGAAGAGCUAAUGAUGUUUGAACCUUCUGUGGAGCAACACAAGUCAGCUCUUAAUGAACCUCCAACAGUAUCAUCUGCCCCAACUGUGAAAAUGGAACAAAAAAUGACGGUCCCAGAAGCCUCUACUCUUGGUGCAGAUAGUACUCCUGUGCUAGAGAAUGUGGAAGAGAAUAAACCAUCUCCCAGCAAACAUACAGAGCAUCUUCUGAAGCCAAAUGAAGAACUCCCAGAGUUGGCAGUUCCAGUGGAAGCAAAAGAACCAUUGACAUUAAUAGAAACUAAAGAAACCCUUCCAGAACAAACAGCUCCGGCUGCUGACCUGGCCAUAGCAGAGAAGCUGAAGGAAGAGGCUGAGCUUAGUAAUGCCCACCAUACAGAACCUCCACAAAAGAAAUCUCCACUGGAACCUACAGGUGUUCCUACUGCACAAGUAAGGCAAGCUAACAAAUCAAGUGACCGCAGGUUUGGCAGAGCAAAACCUGCAGCAGUGCCUGGUGCAGAUGUCCCUGAGGAACUUCUAGUAGGUCUCCCACACCAGAAGAGUACUGACCCAAAAGCAGACCCCUUUUCUAUGGCAGAACUUGGAUGGGUCUCUGGAACAUUCUCUCGGACUAGGGCACCACAUAAAAAGGCAGCCGGGCAACUACUCAGCAUGCCGUCUGAAUUUGUGGAGAGCCAGAGAGAUGUACCUAGAGAGAGCUGGGAUUCAGAAGGUUCUCCCGUGAUUGUGAAGAAGAAGAAGAAGAAACAGAAACAAAAGAGAAACCAGCAGCCAAGAACAAUGGAGUUGGGGGAUGAAAAUGUAGAAGUUUCUAAAGCUCCCAAAGUUCCUGUCUUUGCUGCUGAACUGCAAAAGCCAGACGUUCCCUUUGUCCUACCUGCUGAAGGUGUCAAAGAGCACUCUACUCACUCAAGAGAGGGCCAGAGGAAGGGAACUUCAAAUGUACCAAGGGAUGCUAAGGCAGGAACUGAAAGCCACCUCGUAGACGAUCAAAAUUUUAUCUCCAGUCCCACAGCAGGCCAGCAGAGCCUGAAAACUGAAGAACCAUUUAAAUUUUUGUUGGAUGCAAAAGCUGGAGAAGUCAUGAAACGGGAAGAAAUGAAAGCUGACAGUUUGUUUCAGUCUAAAAGCAAAAACAAACAGGUACCCUUGGAGAAGCUAGAAUGCAAGGCAGAACACAUUAAGAUGGGGGAUCCUUCAUCAGCACUGACACAAACCAAGCCCAUUGAAAUAAGUUUUGUUGAUAAAAACAAAAAGAUUGAGUGUAAACAUUCAGAGCAUUCAGACCUUAAAGCAUCUCUUUCCAAAGGCACCAACCUAAAUAAAGUGGAAACUCCUUUGGAGACCAAACCUGUAGAAAUUAGCCUUAUUGAUGAAAAUAAGGAGAUUAAGUGCACAUCUCCCAAGCAUGUAGCAGCAGAUGAGACAGUUCCAAGUGAAGUUCAAACUCCCAGUGGGGCAUUGAUGGGAGAGAAACCAAAGAAAAGAGGUAGUGAAGAAAAAAGCAGAAAGACUGAAAAUGGUUUCUCCAAGCAACCUGCUGUUUUAGAGAUUAAGACAGAUAUAACCAAUCUUCCUGCUGCAGCAAAGAGAGUCAACAAAACUAAAGAAACAGAUUCCUUUGAUAAAAGCCAAGAGACUGGCUCUAUUACUUCAGAGCCUCCAUUGGAAACUGCAACAGAUAUUACUAAAGUACCCCGUAUACCAUUGGUGUCAGACAAACCUAAAGAGGGCAUUGCUGGGAAAAACAAAAAGGCUGACUUCAGUUUUUCAGAGCAGCCACUUCUUUUGGAGACUAAGACAGAUACAGCCAAACUUCCUGCUCCUGCUGAGACAGUAGACAUAGCUAACAUCGAUUUCACUGAUAAACGCAGGCAGACUGGAUUCGAUCAUCCAACUGUGACAGAUCCCAACAUGGCACUGGUUACAGAUAAACCUAAAAAGAGGGGUAGUGAUGGGAAGAACAAAAAGGUUAAAAAUUCCUCUGAGCAGCCAGUUCUUCUGGAGGCUGAGAGAGAUCCAGACAAACUUACUGCUGUAGCUAAGACAGCUGGUAAAACUAAAGAAAUAAUCUUUACUGAUGAAGACAAAGAGCCUGGCUUUGCUAUUGCAGAGCAUUCAUUGGAGGAUAUGACAGGUCCCAGUACUGCAAAGGUGGCAGAGAAACCUAAGAAAAGGACUAGUGAUGGAAAAAACAAAAAGGCUGAAAAAGGUUAUUUCCAGCAGCCAUUUUUUCUGGAGGCUAAGGAAGACACAAGCAGUCUUCCUACUGUAAUGGAGAAGGAUGACAAAACUAAAAAAAUAAGUUUCACUGAUAAAGGUAAAGAGACUGAUUUUACUACCACAGAUCAUCUGUUGGAGGGUGCAACAGCUACAAUGAAGGUACAAAGUCCCACUACAACACUGGUAACAGAAGAACCAUUUUGGAAAAGUGAAAAGACUGAAUUCAGUAUUUCAGAACAGCCGGAUGUGGCCAAACUUCCUGCUAGUGCUGAGACAAUCAGCAAAACAAAGGAAGAUAGUUUGAAGGAUAAAAGCAAAGAGACUGGAUUUACUACAGAUUCCAGUAGAGCACUGAUGACUGAGAAACCUAAAGAGAAGGGCAGUGAUAGGAAAGGCAAAAAAGUUGAAAAAAGUUCUUUUGAGAAGCCUUUUCUUCUGGAGACUAAGACAGACUCAAGCAAGCUUCCUACAGUAGUGGAAAAGGCUGAAAAAAUGAAAGAAAUGGGUUUUGCUGAUAUAGGCAAGGAGCCUAUCUUUACUACAACAGGGCAUCAACUGGAGAAUUUGACAGAUCCAACCAAGGUACAAGUUCCCACUAUGAAACUGAUAACAGAAAAACCUAAAAUAAAGGAAAGUAAUGAAAAAAGUUUCUUUGAACAGCUUGUUCCCUCAGAUUAUAAAAUGGACACAGCACAGUCCGAAACACUCAUCAAAACUAAAGAAACUCCUUUCUCUGAUAAAGGCAAGGAGACUGAUUUUACUACUUUAGAGCACCUCUUGGAGGAUAUAAGAGAUGCAGCUAAGGCACACAUUCCCAUGACAGAACUGGUGGCAGACAAACCUAAGAAGAGGUGUAGUGAUGGGAAAAGCAAAAAGAUUGAAAAUAGUGCUGAGCACCUUGCUGUCUUGGAGGCAAAGACAGACUCUGUUAAACUUCCUGCAGUAGUCAAGGAGGCCAAUAAAAUCAAAGAAACUCACUCCACUGAUAAAGGCCAGGAGACUCAAUUUACUACUUCAGAGCAUCUGUUGGAAGAUAUAACAGAUACAGCUAAAAUACAAACUCCCAUUACACCACUGGUGACAGGAAAACCAAAAGAGAAUAAUAAGGGGAACAGCACAAAGGCUGAUGUUGGUUUGGAGAAGCCAUUUCUUUUGGAGACUAAAGUAGAUGCAGCCACACUUCCUGGUGGUGCUGAUGAGAUAGUCGACAAAACUGAAGCUUUAAGUUCCACUGAUGAAAGCAAGGUGGCUGGAUUUACUAUUUUAGAACAUCAAACGAUGACAGAUCCCAGUCCAGCACUGGUGACCAAUAAGUCUAAAAAGAGGGGUAAUGAUGGAAAAAACAGAGAGACUAAAAAUGCCUCUGAGCAGCCUGUUCUUCUGGAGACUAAGACCGACAAAAGCAAAAGACAACCUCCCAUAGUACCCGGUCUGGAGUACCAAAUGGAAGAAAUGGGUCUUGUAGAUGAAAACCAAAAUAUUAAAAAUUUCCCCUCUGAGCAUCAAAUGCUUUGGGAUAAUAAGGGUCACUUGUUCACACCCUUCACUCAGUCUGGAGCAGUUGGUGUUGACAGAGUUGGCAAAGCUUGUUCUAUAGACAAAAAUCAAGGGCUUGCCAGUAUCUUUCCAGAGUAUCCAGUAAAGUAUGAAGGAAGUAAGGUGCCAGUGCCUCCUGCAGUGGUUUUGGAGGGCACCAACAAAGAGUCAGGCACAGGUGAUAAAAGGGAGAAAAAUAAACACAGCCAUUGUGAGCAUUCAGUCAAACUGGAAGGUGAAGAUGCUGGCGUACAGGCUUUCACUUCAGUGAAGGAGGGUGAUCAAAUCAAAGUGACUAGUGCUGGGGAUAAGAAGAAGAAAGGUAAACGGCCUUCCUUGGAUUCUCCAGUUAAACAGGAUGCCAAGGCAAGAAGGGAUGAAGUGCAUACUUCCAUUUUAGCAGAGAUUGAUGACAAAGAAAUAAGUUUCAUUGGUGAAAAGCAAAGCACUGAAUGUGCUUCCUUGGAGCAUCUGGUGAAAGAGACAGAUGCCAUGAAGGGAACAAUUCCCACAGAUGCCAAAGUGAUGGACAAAAUGGAAGGAAGUAGCUCUGCUGGUGAGAAGGAUGUUGGAUGCGUUUCUCCGGAACUUACAGUGCAAUGGGAGAAUAAAACAGAAGCAGUUGUUCUGCAGGUUCUAGCUACAGCAGAGGUGGUGAACAAGGCUAAAGAGGCUGAGCUGGGUGAACAAAGCUUCUCUGAAAUCCCAGUUAGUUUAGAAAAAAAGAUUGAUGCAGCUGAGGUUGCUAGUGUGACUCUGAGAGAUGCCCAAACAGAGGAAAUUAGUCCUACUGAUAAAAUUAAAGGCCAUUCUGAACACUCAGAAGGUGAUGCUGCUGACAAGAUGAAGGCUGGCCUGAAGGACUUCCAAGCUUUGAAGUCUGAAGAGGAUAAAUAUGCAGACUUACCUCAGAAACAGAUAGAUGGUUCUGGACAAAAAGUGGUGAAAGAGACAAAGAAAGAGGAGAGAGUCCAAGCUAUGGAACAGAUAAAAGGCUACAUGAGACCCACAAAGUCAAGAGGGCUUCCUACUCCACCACCAAGGCCUGCUGUCCAAGAUCGAGAGAAACCAAGGCAGCUGAAAGCCAAUGGUAUGAGUCGGCAAAGGCAAGAGAAAGCAAAACCAGAAGAGAUAAAACCGGUGGAGCUUGUGACGGGAAGUGACAUCACAGCACCCCCAAACAAAGAGCUUCCUCCAAGCCCCGAGAAGAAGACCAAGCCUUCAGCAUCCACACCAUCAGCAAAACCUGCAGCAAUGAAAACCAAGCCACUGUCCACUACAAGCCCCAAGCGGCCAGCUUCUGCCACACCUGGCCAAAACAAAAAACCCACCAGCCCUACUGCAGGUCCUACUUCGGCCACUACUCCCAAACGCCCAGCCACCAGUACUACACGUCCCUCCACUUUAACUCCUAAAGACACUAAACCAAAGGUAACAGACGCGAAGAGCCCAGACAAACGGACCUCACUUUCAAAGCCACUGUCUGCUACGACACCUCGAGCUGCUGUAAAGGUCAGCCCUGCCACGCCCAGGACAACUGCAGCGUCUCCAGUUACAACAGCCUCCGGUCCGAGAAACACUGCUGCUUCCCCACCCAAAAGGCCAACGUCUAUCAAGACUGAAACAAAGCUUGCAGAUGCCAGGAAGACCACUGCGAAGUCACCAUCAGCAGACCUGAGCCGCCCAAAGAGUGCGCCUGCAAACUCUGCAAAGAGCAGCACCACUACCCCUACUGCUACAACCCCAGGUACUCCUGCCUCACCUGGAGUCGCCAUCAGCCGCCCCAAACCCAAGUCAGCUGCAGCCAGACCCACCACAGCAUCAAGUGCAACUCCAGAAGCUAAAAAACCAUCAACAGUUAAAGCUCCACUUAAAACCAGCACUGUUCCCAAGCCGCCUCGCCCAACCAGCAGUGUUUCUGCCCCUGACCUGAAGAACAUACGAUCCAAAAUUGGAUCAACAGAUAACAUUAAACACCAACCUGGUGGAGGAAGGGCUAAAGUAGAGAAAAAACCAGAAUCAGCCGGUGCUGCGCGAAAGUCUGAACCCAAUGCAGUCUCUAAAAUGGCUACUACUAAAACAACUGUAACAAAAGAGGGGGCACAAAAGCAGCCCAAUGGGAAAGUCCAGAUAGUCUCCAAAAAAGCGAACUACAGCCAUGUUCAGUCCAAGUGUGGUUCCAAGGACAAUAUUAAGCAUGUCCCUGGAGGUGGGAAUGUUCCAAAUGCCCCAAAGCCAGCUUCAGGCAGCCGCUCCCAGCCGUCCAUCGCCCCCAAACCCAGCCCAGGCAGUACCAAUGUGCAGAUCCAGAGCAAGAAAGUUGACAUUUCCAAAGUGUCCUCAAAGUGUGGCUCUAAAACGAAUAUAAAACACAAGCCAGGGGGAGGCGAUGUCAAAAUCGAGAACCAGAAACUGAACUUCAAGGAGAAGGCGCAGGCGAAAGUGGGCUCUCUGGACAACGUCGGACACGUGCCAGCAGGAGGCACGGUGAAGCCUGAGGGGAGCGAAGAGGCAGCGCUGCUGGCUCAGGCCCCUCAGAAUGGAGAUGUGACAGCGCCCCAGGCAGACAGUGAAAUGCGGGAGAAUGGAGUAGGGCCGACUGCGCCCGCUGUGGGUGGUGGUGACCAAAGGGAAAUUCAGAGCUUCGGCACUCAGAUCCAAGAAACAAAUUGAAUGCCACAAACUGACGUUCCGUGAGAAGGCCAAGGCUCGCACGGACCACGGAGCAGACAUCGUCGUCUCCAAAUCCCCCAACCUUUCCAGCAGCACUUCCCCCUGGUGUAGCACGUCCGUCAGCGAGAGCCUGGGCUCCAUCACCUCCUCGUCACCGUGGCAACAGCCAGCUCCCCAUGCAAACGACCUUUCUGCGGUGCUUGUUCAGCAAGGCUUGUGACUGUCCCCACCCACCCCGUCUCCCAUGUGCUUCUCAGCUUGGAUCCCUUAACCUGGCACUUGGCUUUAGGUGGGAAGGGGACAGCGUUUUAGCAGGGCUAGCUUCCCUUUCAGUGGUGCUGUCUAUCAACAGGGAAACGUAGUUGUUCACCCAGACAGCCCAGGAAUCAGGUUCAUUUCAUCGUGACACUGGCUCCGCCUGCCCCAGUGUGUCUCAGGCUCUGGUGAUCCCGUGUUGGGUGGAAAGGGGAUCCUUUCCUCGCCUCACCUCCAGUCCUCUUGCUCUUAGGAGGACACCAGCAUGAGUCUGAAUGACGUGUUUCUUAGGGACAGGCAGCUGGAGACCUCUAGACUAAAUGUGCUUAAAGCCACUUCUCAUUCUGGGGAGGGCGCCAAGCCUCAUUCUAUGGCUGCGUUUGGGUGGAAGUGGUGGGGCUGCGCUACGAGUGGCCAAAGCCAGGCCGGAGUUAAUGGGGAUAAGCUGUGAUCUUUCUCUUUUUUAACUUUUCCUCCUGCUGCUUCAGUUUCGGCUGUUCCUAUUUAAUGAUUAUCGAUAUUAUACACACACAUUAGGCUGUUUUAACUGUUGACUUUAACCAUUUCAUUUUUUUUUUUUUGUGACGAAGUGUUGAUGAUUUAUUGUGCUAUGACCAUGCUAAGUUUCCUUUUCUCUCUUUCCUUCUUUUCCUAACCAUAGGAAUAAAGACAUUAACCGCUGCUGCAGUGCUGGCUUCUUAUCGACAUAUCCAGCAAUUGUAACUGUUGUUUUUCUUUGUGUUGUUUUAUUUUAAAUAUUUUAAAAUGAUGGAGCAAAUUCAUGGGAUUAAGCCAUGUCUGAAAGGAAAGGCAUAAGAAUGUGCUUUUAAAAAAAAUCUCUUGCUGUAACAGUUCAACUAAGCCUUGUAUUGACUGCAACAAGCGAUGCUAAGGGGAUGCUUAGAGAACCUCCUAUCGGGGUCAAUAACCAAGCCCUGGAGGGAUUAACAAAGGGCGCAAAGUAUAUUUAUUAACUCAAAUAGCCACAGACCGUUUGUUGAUUGUUUUUCUUUGCCAUGGUAUCAGGCCAGGGAGCUGCUUCGAACAGUAUGUUGCAGGUUAAUGCAGGGUGUGUGUUCUGAGGCAAGGGAUCCAGUGUGAUGUGUAUUAUUUUUAACAAAGGUUAAAUGUAGGGGUAAAGAGAUUACCUGGCUAGAUGCAAUCUGGUGGGAGGCUAGGAUGGGGAAGAAAUGAAAGGCUGCCUCUCAUCCGGGGAGCCAGAGAGGGAGAGCUGAAUGUCUGGGAAGGGUUGGGAGGGGUAGAGUAGGCAGGCUUACAAUACGAAGGCGUUACAGCCCUGGAGAUCACACACCAUUGUGCUUUGAGCUCCUUGUUUUAUGUUGCGAACGACACUAAAGAAACAAAAUGUAUAUAAAAAAAACUGGUGGUCUUGAGUCAUCAAACUAACUUUAAAGCAAAAAGCAUAAUAACAAAAUACAGGGAUCAAAGUUAACUGAAGACAGACUUCUGCUAAGGGGGCUGGCCUACUUGAAGUGGGGGGGGCGGAGAGGAGCCCACAUCUUCCCCUGCUUGUGGGAAUAUUUCUCUUUGGGAAGCUGACAAUGACACGGUAACCCAGAAUCUGUAUUUACACACGAAGAUUCUUAUUGCACUUGUAUUUUUUUAUAUUAAAGUUUGCAUGAUUUCUAAUAAAAUGGCAUUAAAAUGUAAUAGUUUGCAUCCAAGUGGUCUGCUAGUCUUGUAAGUGCUUUUUCCUCUAAAUACAAAAUUGAAUAAACAAUGCAGAUUUGCACCUGAAGGGGCUGUUAUAUAUACCCUGUUCUCUCCAUAAAACUCCCUCUGUUCCCCUCUUCCCCAUCACUACCACCUUUCCUCUCCAAUUCAUGCCACACGCACUCUGCCCUAAGACCAGGGAGAAGUUGCUGGGCUCAUCAAAUUCUCCUGCCCCCUGUGCUUGAAAGUUCCACAUAGUUGUUUACAUCUCUCAAUGCUUGUUUUGAGGGCCCAUCCUGGUUAAUAUUCUCGUAACCCUCUUUGUUCUUUCCUCCAACGUUUACCUUGCUCUGGAGAGGUGGCCGCUGGAGACGUAGGGCUGAGGCUGCCCAGCCAGAGGCAGCCAGGGCAGCACCAUAUCCAGUAAGCCAGUAAUAGCCAGCCCGUCCAUUGAAAGACUGCUCCCAGGGGGGUGGAUUAAGAGGUGGCCCCAUAGCCAGUUGCUCUUGCUGUCCUGCUACCUCAGUAAGGGAGGAGAACGUAUUUAUGUCAAGCAUCCCCCCAGGGUAAGAUGGUAGAAUUGCGUUGUGAUGCCCUGAGGCACCGUGACAGCUGCUCUGGCUCUGCAGGUGCUGGCUCAGCUCUUUCCUGACGUUCAUAGAGACCCAUCCACCUGCAUGUACCCCUCCCGGUAUAUAUCACUGCCCCUUCUCUGAUGCUUCCUACGUUUCGUUACUAAAUUCUAAACACCAGCAAGAUCUCUUUAAAUCUGUGAAUUGGGAUUGAGCGGGAAGGGGGUAUUUGAGCAAGAGAAAUGGUUUCAAGAGGGAAGGUUAAUCCCCUUAACAGGAAAAGGCACAGACUUUGUUUCCCAAAGCAAUAAUGGAAGUUUGCUCUGAAAUAGGAGACCUGACAGGGCUGCACUGGCUGGCGCAUUUCUGCAGUAGGGUAGGUGCACAUCACCCAAUGUCCCGUGUCUGUAGGUAUGUGGAGCUUCAGCUAAAUUCCUGUUUAACACCAGAUGCUGGGAUUGGUGGUAAUCUGAAGUCCGGCUUGGGGCUCCCCUCCAGACCCAGGAGUUGAGAAAUGUGCACUAAUGAGUGAGGUUCCUGUGGGGGAGCAGCUGAUAACAGACUCCAGUCACUGCUGUAAAAUCCAGCCACAUGCUCCAGAUACAUAUGGCCAACGCUCAUUUGUUUUCUUCUGAAUGACUCGGAGAGAGGUGGAAGCUGAAAUAUGUUCUUUUCACUGCAUGCUGCUAGACACCGCAGGGAAGAGUAAAGCCAUUGAGGCAGGAUGUGUCUGAUGGGCCUUUUUACCGAUUUCACAGGGCGGCGAGUGUUUAGUUUGGGGGCUCUGAUAGGAAGUCAGAUAGCAACAUUGCACUUUAUGUUCUGAGAUUACAAAAAAAGAAAAAAACCUGUUUUUCCAAGAGUUAAGUUUUACCUCCUCCCCAUCCCUCUUGAUUGCUUUUCUCUGAGGAACUGGUCGGUCGAUAAGCUUACACAGCAUCGUAAGGUGGCAGCAGAGUGAAGGCCUAUCUUGAAAUGUGCACAAACCAUCCCAAACUCUCACACGUUUCAGCUGAGCACUAAGAGCUCUCUGUGCUUCUGUGCCACUUCUCUCUAACACUUGUUGUGCCUGUGUUUAGGUGACAAACUAGAUCCAGAUAUACCAGUUUGGUUUUGCUAGGACAGCUUCAGUUUUACUAAGAAUUUGUAUUUUAUUUUAAAGAAAUAGCUGAAAGUAUUGCUCACCUGGGAAUAGUUGUGUGUGUGUGUGUGGUUGAAAUGGCUCUGGUUUCCUAUAUGGAGGGAUGGGAGCAAGCGCUGAGUUACGCUGAGCUGCGGGAAAUGUUACUGGCUAUUCUGCAGCAGGUUGGAAAAUCUCUGCGAGAAGCUGAAAAUCCCGUUAGUCCUGGUUUGCCUUUAAAUAUUUGGGACAUUGACCCGCUAAUUGAAAACUGCUGAGCUGUUGCCCCUCAUGGCUCAAUGCUGCUUCCAUUGCAGUCAGCCACUGACUCCUGUGGGAGCAGGAUCGGCCUCCGUGCGGGGAAAGGCUUCUGAGCCAUGUUGACUUGCGCUGUGCGAAGGAGCCAGAGUUUCUCUCUUCAGCUGCAUCUUCUCCAGAUGACACAUGUAAAACAGAAGGCUUCUUGUGAGCCGGGCUCCUCCUCCCAGACAUCAGGGAUGCCAGUUGGGUGGGGUUCAACUGGCAGAAGGCAGCGUAACGCCAGGGAUCUGUGUGUAUUCUUGUUAGGGUUGAUCCUAGGACUAUGUGGUAAAUAAACUCCAUUUUGAAAAGUAGUGAGUUGAGUCUGAAUUAAAUGUGGCUUGAAUGUAAAUGUUCCUGGCCUGAGAUGCCCUUGUAGACGCAGGGAAUUCCUCUGGUUUCUCAGGUAUCUGCAGGAAGCUGGCAUGGCUUGGCACAGCCAGGGGACAGGUGGGGUGGGGUUAGCGUUCUUUUCCCUGGUGGCCGUUGGGUUGGGUUUCAUAAGCACGUCUGACAGGAAACUUUAGACUACAAUGGGCUUGACUCACGAUGGAUGGGGCAUAAAAGCAACCUGCCGCUGUGGUCUCGGUGCUGAGCAGCCCCGUCUCAGAGUGUGAUGGGCUGGAAAUGGAGAUGCGCCCUGCUAGCAAGAGCAGCUCCAUUGUAGCCACGGCAAGGCUAGAUGGGAAUGUGUCCCCUAGGGCCAUGACAGCUCUCACCUCUGGGGGAAAAGGAAUCUUUUUCUGGGCUUGUGGUCAAUGCUGGGAUUGGCUUUGAGAUGUCUGUAAUGGCUGAAGUGGUGAAAGGCUCCGGUGAGGUUAAUAGGCUCUUUGGAAAGUGACUCCUGCAGGAGCUUGGAGGUUCCUUUUCUGUGCUGACUCUUGGUUCCGCCUUCCAUACUUGAGCUCUCUAACGCACCAGCCUGUUGCAUUGGGAUGCAGUCAGGCAUCGGUGGGAGCGGCUGGGGCUGGCUUCUCAGUGCCUGGGGACUGUUUAGUUGACAGUGGAGCCUUGCAUCCCAUUGCAUAUCAGUGACAUACACAGUUCAGUGGGGCUUUAAUACUGUAAAACAAAGGACAUUCAAAUGAAGUGGAUGGACUCAAGGCCACAACAGCAGAAGGCUGCAUGGUCUGGCUGCAUUGGCCUUUGCUGUUACGGGGCUGCGUGUGUUCUGCUGUGCAGCUCCUGCCCCAGAGGCUGGGUUACAGCCUGAAUGUGCCUCCCAUGGUCAUUCUUGGUCCUAUACUGCUAAUUGAAUGUAGUUCUCUGUGCUGACCCUUGCUGUCGUCCCCUGUACACAGCGUAGUGCGUCAGUGUGAGUGAAGCUCUAGACUAGAACCAUUGUGUGUUUGGUGCCCUCUGAGCCGAAUUUUGUUCUCUGACGUGAUUGAAACACGGCUACUCAGUGUCUUCCAGAUUCUCGAACUGCCAGGAUGUCCCAUGUUCUACCACAGGUGACAGAAGGAAGGAAAAGGCCAAGACCUCUUUAGCCUCAGGCCAUUUCCUUUUUAGUGCUUUUGCUGGAGCACUGUGCGAAGGCUCAGGAGGAGGAGUAAGCGGUUAGUUGGCUGGAGAACGGUGUUGUCUUUUUGGGGUGGAAGAAAGGCCAUUCUGCCCAAGUCUGGGCAGUGGUGGUGUCGCCGUGUUGGUCCCAGGAUAUUGGAGACACAAGGUGGGUGAAGUCGCAUCUUUUAUUGGGCUGACUUCAGAGCAUAAAAGCUUGUCUCUCACCAACAGAAGUUGGUCCAAUAAAAGAUACGAACUCCCCACAGACAUUGUCACUCCACCCAAGGACAGUUUCAGAGUGUGCGGGGGGGGAAUUCACAGGAAGAUUCUUUGCUUCCCGGAGGAGUUUGACAAGCAGUAGAAGCCAAGAUAAAUGUAGAACUAUGGAAGAAAGCUGUGGAAAGCAUCCUCCACCUUUUGUUGCCCUUUGCCACUGAUGAUCUAGCUACAAUAUAUAUUUUCCUUUUCACAAAAAUCUCUCACACUGGAUGCCAUCCUGUAUUAAGAUCACUCAAGACUCCUUUAUUCCAGCCCUCUGCUGACUUCCCUUUCUGGCACUUGAAGGCUCAGUAAUCCCUUAACAUAGGUACAUGGUGGAAAAAGCAUAGAAGGAAAGUGAAGGGGGUGGACUGAGAGGCAGGUAUGCUCUGAGCACAGGACUAGGAGCAAGGACCACUGGAGUUCUAAUCAUGGCUUCAAUACUGUCUCCCUCUGUAGUCUUGGGAAAUCACUUAACCUCUUGCGCUCAGUUUCCUCAUCUGCAAAAUGGGGGCAAUAAUAGUUACCUCGCAGUGGAGGUGUGAGGUAUGAUCAGUGGAUAAGGUGCUCUCUAAGGGUUAAGUAUUAACAUUUUUGUGUUGUAGGAAUAUUAUACAGAGGCUCCUUGCGCAUCACUUGAGAUGCACCAUAAUGACCGAGGAGAGCACGGAGCUGUCCAGCUUUGGCAGCGACUGUGCAGCCAACUGUGGCUGUAAUGUUGAGUGAUACAAAUAUUUCUAUAAUCUAGAGGGUGCUGAUGGGGAGGGGAGGGGGGGAGAUUAUUGCAUGGAUGUAAAGUCUGAGACUCCAGCUACUUGGGAGAGGUGGUAGAAUACUAGAGGGGGAGUGCAAACCCCUGGUACUGACGCCAGGGAGUGAAUUCGUACUGGUUUACUUCUGCCUUUGUUUCACCCUCCUUGUUGACUGUACAAGACUGGUGUCUCCAUUAGCAACAUUUCCUGAUUUGACGUUGUGAUUCUUACUAUUGUAAAGGAUUGAAAUAAAGCUUCUAGAUGUUCAACCUUG